AUUGCUAUAAUAGGUGGCAGAACGCAGCUGAUUCUUUUCUAGUAACUGGGAUAACAAUAAAGUCGUAGUUCCAGAACAUUGCUGCUGCCACUUAGCCUAUCUGCUAAUUAUCAUUACAGUGUAGACCACAUGCCUAAGUCGUAGAAAGGAAAAAAAAAGUAUCAACUCGAAAAGGAACUCAAUACUGACAACUUUUGGUUUUGUUUGUAUCAGGCUAGACUAAAUAUAUGCGUAUAGACAUUUGCAACCGAAUCCUACUGCAAUACAGCGACCAAUUGGCACUCACUGCUAAUUAGCUUACCAGGAGCUCAAGCAUUCGUGAUGAGCCUUAAUGGUUCACACUGCAUUAACCACGUAACGAGAUUUCCUUUUUCUUAAACGUCCAUUCCUAUUUGGUGGGGGAGGAAUGAUUAGAGCUUGAUUGUAUUACAAAACUUACAUUACUACUCUUCGAAACACUAAUCAUGGUUGUCGUAGACUAACGAGAGCAACAUAGGUAUACACAGUCGUUACAUCAAAUACUACUCUCAUAUCAUUACAAGAUUAAUAUUGGCAAAGACGACAAGUCUGCAAAACCAAUGCAUUGGAACUAAACAAUAUCUGCUUGUCAUGUUAACGAUGCAAUUUUCUAAGGAAAACAUUAGAAUGAUGUUGUUUCGCUUAGCGCGAGCCUAGAUUGAUAGAUGGGUAUGAUUGUUUUAAUCCAUAUUCCCACUAUACUGGUGUACGCAAAAGACGGUUAGCAUAUGAAAAAGCAAGGAAACCCGAUCUUGACGCUCCAGGGAAGGAUGGCACGUACAUAGGUGGGAAUGCGGUCUAUGCAGAAAUGGCUACCUAAUGCGAAAAUAAAUGCUGGUCAGAUAUAUUACCGCUGCAAGUUUUAGCAUCCCCUUGUAAUUCAUCACAAUAAAAGCUGAGAUGAUAUGUGGGGCACUGCCAGCGUUCAAAGUCUGCAGUCGAUUGUUAGAGACUCGCAUAUUGCGCAUGUGCGCAAUUUUUCUCACAUCACAGCCGUUGGCGACGAAGCAGCGUUUGUGAUAGCGUGGCUUGCGCACAGAUCUCGGCUAUAUUCCUCCGGAAUGGAUUUCGCUAGUAACUACUGAAACAAAUCUUUUUACUUAGCCGGGGGCAAAACAUCUCAGAUUGCUUAGCAGAAUCUGUCACUUGAUCCGAAUCAGUGGACAUGGGAUAAUUAAGUGUGUUGGAGCGUGUUCUAUGCAGGCGCCGUCCCAGGAUUCCUUACCUCCUCAUGUGAGCCAUCAGGCGUUCAUCUGGCAAUCUCGUCAGCACGCCCGACGAUGAUCUCCGUUUGCGUAAAUCCUCACCUGAUGGCCAGGCAGCUGCAGUUCAGGUUCGAUUAACGGUCUUGGCAUAAGGUGGUCUCCACCUAAACGGCGUAACGCGGCCUUUCAUAUACUCCUGCACUUUAAGACGAGGAUUUCGAACGUCGAAGCUUCAUGGGGAGAUUCCGUCGUUGAUGUCGUUUCAAUUUAUUUGCUGGUGUGAGAGGGGAGAGAGACAGACAAGGUGGGCGAUCCUGCUCAAAAUGUUUGGGGUGUAGCCAUCUGAGUCGGUGGUGUGUUUCCCACGCGACCAAGCGUCAACUGCGAGGCGUCAGAAGUCCUUAGUUUUCCAGAAAGCACACUGACGCUCUGAUGUAUUUGCAAGAAAGAUAAAAGAUGGUUGGAUGCUGGUCCGGGUCGUUCGGAGGGACUACGUGUCGAGACGAUCCAAUUGGCUCCGCAAUUACCAGUUCAUUGUGCAGUAGGAAUCUACCUAUACAGAUCUUACGGAUCCUAACUAUUCUGGUCACGCUUGUUAAGCAAUGGACGGCGUCCCAUAAUGGAUGGAUACGUUGUACUCUUCAGCCGAUGGCUGUUGAUUUUGGGGUAUGAUCUGUCAGUAGGUACGUCCAAUCCUGGCUGUUUCGUGGCGACAAACUAUGGGGGACGGGAUUUGUGAAAUCGCUAUCGACGGUCUCCCAUCGGUAGCGCGGCAGGCACCUCCCAGGAUCGACCCCGUCAACCAACUCGACGAGGACGGGCAAAUGGUCGCCAUCCCGGAGGAACCCUACUCCAUCAAAAGAUGGCAAGUCUUCUGCAUAAUAUUUGUCAUUCUAGGCGCCUUCGGAGGAGUUGUAUACUUUAUUGUGCUUCCUAUAAAGUCGUACAAGCCGCCGAGCGUGUUAAAGCCAAAGCCGGGAGACCCAUCUCGACCCUUUACAGACGCAACGCCCGAGAUCCCAAAGGAGUAUCCUUGGGAACAGCAGCGGAUUCCAAACGAUCUUCAACCUUAUGAAUACAGAUUAACUCUUAGGUUGGAUGUAACAAAACAUGUCUACAGUGGUUCUCUGGUCAUCAACCUUCGUUGUUAUCAUCCCACGGAGUACAUCAUUCUCGACAUCCAGGAUGUUCGCAUUUCCGAUAACCUGGUGUCUGUGAUAGAUCUAUCGACGGGUAAAAUCCAGCCUGUUGCCGACACGUUUCAGGUUUCCGACCGCAGAACUCGUUACAUCAUCAGUGUAGCAGACAAACUCCGGGUUGGAAGUAUUUAUAGAGCUAACAUUACAACAUUUACGGGCAGAGUGACCGCCGAGCCACCGGGGUUGUAUACAGCAAUGCAUCGGGCUAGAAGGGGCAGAGACAGACGGAUGAUCGUGUCUGGACUGAAGCCUACCGGUGCCCGCCACGUCUUCCCCUGCAUGGACGACCCAGCGAUGAAAGCCACCUUUGACGUCAUAAUUGAGCAUCCAUCAGAUCAGACCGCCCUCACCAGCAGCCCGUCAGAAAGCACAACCACGUUACCAAACGGCUGGGUAAGGGAAACGUUCUACCGGACGUCAAAGUUGUCUACCCAUCUACUGGGGUUCGCUCUCUUCGAGGGGAUGACUGAACUAGAAAGAUUCUCGUCGCGAGGACAAGUGGUCCGGGUUUGGUCUGCGUUCGACCCAACCUCGUCACCAGCUGCUGAGGUCGCAUUGAACACAACCCUGGAUGCAAUCAGCAACAUUAAAGACCUGCUGGGGUUAGAUUAUCUACUACAAAAGACAGAUGUGCUGCCCGUCCCUGGCCAGAUCGUGCCUUAUGACGUGUACAGUGGCCUUCUGAUGGUCAGGGAUACUUUGCUAUUUUGUGAUGUCGACGAUUCAAGCAUCCGUGAUCAACUGCAAUGUGCAAUGGCACUCAACCAUGCAGUCGCGCACUAUUGGUUUGGCAUUUCGGUUACUGCAGCCUGGUGGAGCGAUCUGUGGGUGACAGAGGCUCUCAGUACGGAGUUAGCAUAUGAGUCACUUGCGUGCCAUUUUCCGGAGUUGUCAAUGGACCCUAUACAGCUUGUUGAAUCCGUGCUGCCAGCCUUUCUUUACGAUGGUCACAGCGAGACCAGAUCUCUAAACAGUGAGGCAUGGACCGAAACGCUGGAUGGAAGUGAAAAAAUUGUCAUGUCAGGCAAGGGUUUAACGAUAUUGAAAAUGGUCAGAAGCAUUGUCUAUGACUCUUCUUACAUGAGGGCAAAAAAGACAAUAUUGGCAAGCUAUGGCACAAUCAACACUUCACAGUUAUGGGACACGUUGUCUCAGGCAACGGAUUCCUUCGUUAAUGUGUCGUUGGUUAUGAACAACUGGGUGUCUAACGCCGGAUACCCGUACGUCACACUGAGGCAGACUGUGGAAGACAACGGUGCGAGAAGAAUAUACAUAAUCCAGGAACCAUUCUCUUAUUUUCUCACGUCCAGAAGUACCCUUCACUGGAACAUACCAGUGGCCUACAAGACAAAGGAACAAUCGGACGCCAGGGUCUUGUGGCUAAAUGAUAGCGUCAAGAACAUCUCUGACGACUCACCGAUGGGAGAAUGGGUCCUGGGGAAAGUGGAUUCUAACGGGUUCUACCGCGUGAACUACGGGCCUGGGAACUGGAAGCUGUUGUCGGACCAGCUCCUGACCAACCACACAGUCUUCGACGUCUCGACGAGAGCUAGCCUUAUUGAUGACGCGUUCAAUUUGGCAAGGGCAUCGAGGUUACUCAUCCCAACAGCCCUGGACCUGACCAGGUAUCUGGAUAAGGAAGACGACUACGUGCCUUGGAAAGCAGCCUUGCGGGCCUUGCAUUACCUCCUAACUGUCUUGUCUAAAAGUCAAAGCUACAACUCACUAAAGGCUUACAUAUCGAAUAAAGUGGUGGUUGCCAUGAGAAGAUACAAAAUUCAAGAAGACGUCAUCAGGAGGAGGCUACUAUAUUCGGAAUUAUUUGAAGCUGCUUGUCGAUAUGGGGACACUAAUGCGAGAAAAACUGCCAUAGAGCUAUUCAGAAAAUGGAGAACAAGAAGACAAAGAAUAGACCCCGAUAUACGAAAGUCAGUACUUCAAGAAGGGAUAGCAUCGGGCGGCCAAAGUGAAUGGAACUUUGUGUGGAGAAAAUACAACUCAAGUUCAACAACUUCGCCACAGGAUCGCCAACUGUUCUUGACAGUUCUAGCAUCGUCACAACAAGACUACAUAUUGUACAGGUAUCUCGGGUGGACGAAGGAUGGUUUUAACAUCAGGAGAGAGGACGUACCUUUAGUGUUUCGAAGCAUGGCAGACACCGUGGCUGGACGAGAACUUGCCUGGAAAUUUGUAUUUGGCAACUGGCGCGAAUUGCAACAAAGGUUUGCCGACACGCCGUCAAUUCAAGAAGAAAUAUUGCGAUCAGUGUCAUCGCAAAUGACAUCAGGAUAUGAACUAAAACAGCUGCGGCAGCUGAAGGAGCUUAUUGACAUACCUCGUCUCCGAAGAAUUCUCGAAAGGGCUGAGGAACAGACUGACCUCCACAUCAGGUGGCUGGCAGGAAACGAAAAAUACGUCUCUGAUUGGUUGGGUGAAACUGACGUAUGACGCCAACACGGUUACUAUAUACAGACUUGUAUCUAGGAUGAGGCGUCAGCCCAGUCGCUCACCGGAAACAAUAAAGACAACCAUGCUGCUGAUUAGUGAGAUACUCUGUACUUCUUCAUCCAUUUUUUACGAGGACUAUUGACUAGACUUCAAAAUGUCGUGGUCUCUAUCGGAAUGUAGUAUUCCUUCAUCAACCACUACCCUGGAUUCUUAGGCAAGUGGACAGCAUAGAUGACAAGAUCUUGUACAUCUUCUUUUUUUCAAGUGUUGAUGACUAUGAAUACCAAUAUCGUGCCUGCUUUUAAAAACUGCAUUUGUGAUGUUACCAGUCAGCGGAAAAUCAUAGCAAUGCAAUUCUAGUUGGAGAAGCGUAUGCAAUGGCAUUGUUGUUACACAAUUCAUCAUAUACAAAAUGAAAUCGGACAUACAUUACGGUAACUUGAGGAAAAGUUGGGAAUUACAUUUUGUACGAAUUAGAUAGGUGUCUUUUUAAUAAAUGUACGUAAAU